AUGGUGUUUUCGAGAAAAAUUUGUAACCGUGGAGGACUUAGGAAAAAGAUACGGUCACAAGGCAAACAAAGUCAUGUCAUUCAAAAAGAAGUGGUGAAUCAUGAAAUUGAAACUCAAGAAGAAGUGAUCACUAGUACAGUUGAAACUGAAGAACCAUUGGGAACUUACCAUGUACAGGAACCAAGCUGCCAAGCUGAUGAUGGAGCUAAUACUGCAACAGUUGAUGAUUAUGAACCAUUUAUAGAGGAUUACUCACUUUAUGCUAAUUAUGAUGCUGAGUUUAAUGUUGAAACUUCAUUUGAAAAACAACCAGAAGUGGAUUAUCUAGAGGGUAUGGUGAGUGAUGAUAGUGGAGAAGCUUUCUACUCUGAGAGUGGCCAUGGUUCUGAGGAUAGUGGAGAUGAUUCCGAUGACAGUAAAUACAAUGUGGAUGCGUCUAACAUACAAUUUGAUGUAGAUGUAGACAUGAGUGAAUUCCAUAAUGCUGUUGAUGUAGAUGAACAUGGAAUCUUGAACAAUCAUUCAAAAGAUGAAGGGAUUGACAUGGUUGAUGAUGAGUUGGAAGUUACUGCCACUGAUGAUUAUCAAUUUGCAGGAUUUCAUGAAGAUGAUAGGAAGAGACUGCUAAAAGAGUUGAGUAAGUCAAGUAUAUGCUCACAUGGAGAGGUUUAUGUUAAACCAUUUCAGAUUGGCCAGGUCUUCAAAACCAAGAUUGAUGUUAAAAACUACAUGAACUCACAUGCUGUAGCAACAAGGAGGUCUUUAUACCUAGCCAAAAAAUGA